CUACGGCGUCGCAUGUGCUCAGGAGCAAUCCUGCACACACACGCAAACACGCUCGAAUACAAAAGCUUACACCACGAGCUGCCUGCCAUGCCAAGCCGAUUCGACUGAUUGAUUCCUGAUCUUUGGACUGAAAGAUGGAUGGACGGAACGGGACGGAUGGAUCCCUCUGACAAACAUGCACCAAUUGACACGUCCUGAUCAUCAUCAUAUCUUCUUUUUUCUUGUUCUGAAUCAGAUCCAUCUUCCUUGAAUUCUUGCACGCCCUCCCUCCUCCCCCUCCCAUUAUAAACGGCAAUGCAUAUGCACCGCGCUCGUCCCGGUGUUGUUGUUAUUUUCCCCAUCUAGCCGCUUGUUCCCAGCGUCGUCGCCGUCGUCUCUGCCUUCUCCGAUGCAUCAGCCCCGGCCUUUCCACGUCUUCAGGGCGGAGCGUGGCGGCACUACAGCUGGGUACCACAUCGGAGAUGGCGCCGCCCUCCCUACUCCUUCUGAGCUCUACCCUCGCACUACAGGCCCCAACCCCAGCUCCAAGUCCUCCAGCAACCUCACCGUCGCCAACUUCGCGCCGCUCGCCAAUGCGGAUGGCGUAGUGGCGUCGCUGGGCAUGACGGCGCCGGGGGCGUUGACGGAGGUCGACCGAUUCUGCCUGCCGAGGGCGUCGGCGCAGUUCGAGAACUGGGGCGACUCCGGCAUCGUCGUCACCAGCCCGCUCACAGAGACCUCCACGGACCUCGACGACAGCGCAGACAAGCGCCUAGUUUCAAUGGGCGGCGGCGGCGGCGCGCAACGAUGGGUGGGUGGUUGUGUGGACACCUCGGAAAGAAAAGGGGAUCAAAAGAUAGAGAGGAGGCUUGCACAGAACCGUGAGGCGGCCAGGAAAAGUCGGAUUCGGAAGAAGGCUUACGUUCAGCAGCUGGAAAGCAGCCGAUCCAAGCUUGCCCAGCUUGAGCAAGAGCUUCAGAGGGCAAGGCAGCAGGGAAUCUUCGUCGGGAGUGGAGGCUCCAGUGAUCACGGCUGUUCAACUGGAGGCGCCUUGGCAUUUGACCUGCAAUAUGCACGGUGGCUUGACGGGUACCAGUACCACGUCAACGACCUCAGGGUGGGGGUACAUGCAAAUAUCAGUGACGACGAGUUGCGCAUCCUCGUGGAAGCCGUGAUGUUGCACUAUGACCACCUCUUCAGGUUGAAGAGCAUUGCUACCAAGUCGGAUGUGUUUCAUGUCAUGUCAGGCAUGUGGAUGAGCCCUGCUGAGCGGUUCUUCAUGUGGCUCGGAGGCUUUCGCUCUUCGGAACUCCUGAAGGUGCUUGCCAGCCAGCUAGAGCCCCUGACGGAUCAACAGCUGAUGGGCAUCUGUAAUCUUCAGCAAUCGUCCCUGCAGGCGGAGGACGCCCUGUCACAGGGGAUGGAGGCCCUGCAGCAGGCACUAGCCGAGACCCUUGCUUUCGCCGCAGCUGUCGUGCCUUCAACAGGCAGUGGCGACAACGUGACCAACUACAUGAGCCAGAUGGCCAUUGCCAUGGCGAAGCUCAGCACGCUCGAGAACUUCCUCCGUCAGGGCGACCUUCUGAGGCAGCAGACUCUGCAGCAAAUGCACCGGAUCCUGACCACCCGGCAGGCGGCUCGAGCGCUGCUCGUCAUCAGCGACUACUUCUCGCGGCUGCGGGCGUUGAGCUCUCUUUGGCUGGCGCGGCCAAGGGCCUAGCAGCAGCCGGUGUUUCGAUCAGCUCUUGGGCACGUAUUAACCGCGAAUUGAAUUCUAAGGAGAUUUUGACUAGCGAGUCCUGAAUUCAACCGAGAGCUAAUGCAAAAUCAUGGCCGUUGCCCGGCACAUCUUCACAAGAAGCAAGCAUUAGUGCCAGCUAGUAUGUUUUAGCAUGGCGAGCUGAUGAUAGUUAAGUAGGAGUAGUGCAUCAACUAGUAGCUGUAAGUUUAGUGCCAUCGCUUAAUCCAUUCAGAGUCUUAGAAAGGAGAAGUCGUCGUAUAACCCUCUGUUUCUCCAAUCUACGACGACCCCCCUCCGGCCUCCCUGCCUGUCCUUUUUGCCUGAAUUGAGUUGCUAGUGUAACUCAUGUUGGCACCAGUACAACUUUGGAGCCGUAUGUAUUUUCUGUGGUGUUCAGGCUCUCGUCAACUUUUCAGCCUGCAGCCGCGGCAGCAA